AUGCUCCUCCGCCGCUCGGCUUGCAUCCAUCUCGCUUCCUUCUCCCAGCAGCGAAGCUCCCGCCUCCUCGUCCACGCCCACUCUCUCGCCUCGGCCUCGCUCUCGUUCGGCUCCCUCCACGCUCGCUCCCUCUCGUCAUCGGCUCGUCCGGUCGUCGCUCCUUCCUCCUCGCUCCUCCGCUUCUCCGCACCUCGAUCGCGCUCGCUGCUCACCGACGCCAUGGCCUCGCUCGCAACCACGCCCGGCGGUGCCAAGCUCAUCGAUGGCACCGCCCUCGCCAAGGAGGUGCGCGCGCGUGUCGCCCAGCGCAUCGCAGAGCUCAAGCAGCAGCACUCCUCCUUCCAGCCCCACCUCUGCAUCAUGCAGGUCGGCUCCCAGAGCGCAUCCUCCACCUACAUCAGGAUGAAGAAGCUCGCCGCCGAAGAGUGCGGCAUGCGCUACACCCACGUCCAGCUCCCCGACGGCGCCAGCGAGCAGGACAUCAUCCAGCGCGUCCGCGAGCUCAACGAGGACAUCAGCGUCGAUGGCAUCCUCGUCCAGCUGCCCCUCGGCGACCACAUCAACUCGGACGCCGAGCGCCGCGUCACCGAGGCCAUCAGCCCCGAAAAGGACGUCGACGGAUUCCACGCCCUCAACAUCGGCCACCUCUCCUCCAAGGCCUGCAACCCGCUCUUCCUCCCCUGCACUCCCGCAGGCUGCAUCAAGCUCCUCGAGAACGCUGGCAUCACCAACAUGGCCGGCCUCCGCGCCGUCGUCAUCGGUCGCAGCGACAUCGUAGGCAACCCCGUCGCAUCCCUUCUCCGCGCGAGGGACUGCACCGUCACCCAGUGCCACAGCAGGACCGCCGACCUCCCCGCCCACCUCGCCCAGGCCGACAUCGUCAUCGCUGCCAUGGGCAAGCCCCACUUCAUCCAGGCAGAAUGGCUCAAGAAGGGCGCCGUCGUCAUCGACGUAGGCACCAACUUUGUCGACGACGCCUCCAAAAAGUCCGGCUACCGCCUCGUCGGUGACGUCGACUUUGAACCCGCCACCAAGGUCGCCUCGGCCAUCACCCCGGUCCCCGGUGGUGUUGGUCCCAUGACCGUCGCCAUGCUCAUGGAGAACGUGCUGAUCAGCGCCGAGCGCAGCCUCGCCGACGGCCGCGCCCUCGGCAUCGGCCGCGGCGUCGUCCGUCCCAACCCCAUCACCCCGCUCGCCAAGGUGCCCUUGGACAUCGAGGUCGCCCGCUCCCAGACGCCCAAGCCCAUCACCCAGGUCGCGCGCGAGAUCGGCCUCAUCUCGUCCGAGCUCGAGCCGUACGGAUCCGUCAAGGCCAAGGUCGACCUCUCGGUGCUCAAGCGCCUCGCCCACCGCAACAACGGCAAGUACAUCGUCGUCGCCGGCAUCACCCCCACCCCGCUCGGCGAGGGCAAGUCCACCACCACCAUCGGUCUCGCACAGGCGCUCGGCGCCCACCUCGGCAAGCCCGCGUUCGCCUGUGUGCGUCAGCCCUCCCAGGGCCCCACGUUCGGCAUCAAGGGCGGUGCCGCCGGCGGUGGAUACUCCCAGGUCAUCCCCAUGGAGGAGUUCAACCUCCACCUCACCGGUGACAACCACGCCGUCCAGGCCGCCAACAACCUGCUCGCCGCCGCCAUCGACACGCGCAUGUUCCACGAGGCCACCCAGAAGGACGCCGCGCUCUUUGACCGUCUGUGCCCCAAGAAGAAGGGCGUGCGCACUUUUGCCCCCAUCAUGUUCCGCAGACUCAAGAAGCUCGGCAUCAAUAAGACCAACCCGGACGACCUCACCGACGACGAGAAGGCGCGCUUCGCCCGUCUCGACAUCGACCCCGAGACGGUCACCUGGAGGCGUGUUACCGACACCAACGACCGCUACCUCCGCGACAUCACCGUCGGCCAGGCGGCCACCGAGAAGGGCAUCACCCGCCGCACGGGCUUCGACAUCGCCGUCGCCUCCGAGUGCAUGGCCGUGCUCGCGCUCAGCCGCGACCUCAAGGACAUGCGCGAGCGUCUCGGCCGCAUGGUCAUUGGCACCAGCCGCGCCGGCGACCCCGUCACCGCCGACGACAUUGGCGUGGGCGGUGCGCUCGCCAUCCUCAUGAAGGACGCCAUCAAGCCCAACCUCAUGCAGACGCUCGAGGGCACCCCCGUCUUCGUCCACGCCGGUCCCUUUGCCAACAUCGCACACGGCAACUCGUCCAUCCUCGCCGACGCGAUUGCGCUCAAGCUCGCCGGUGUCGAGCAGGGCGAGCCUGUCGAGAGGACGGGCUACGUGAUCACCGAGGCUGGGUUCGGUGCGGAUAUCGGCAUGGAGAAGUUCUGCAACAUCAAGUGCCGCGAGUCCGGGCUGGUGCCGGAUGCGGCCGUGAUCGUGGCCACCGUGCGUGCGCUCAAGACGCACGGCGGCGGUCCUGAGGUGACGCCCGGUAAGCCGCUCAGCGAGGUGUACCUCGAGGAGAACCUCGAGAUCCUCGACAAGGGUUGCGUCAACCUCGCCAAGCACAUCGCCAACGCCAAGAAGUUUGGUCUCAAGGUGAUUGUUGCCAUCAACCAGUUUACCACCGACACGCCUGCCGAGCUCGAGCUCGUGCGCAAGAAGGCGCUCGAGGCCGGCGCUGACGAUGCGGUGCCUGCUAACCACUGGGCACUGGGUGGUGAGGGUGCCAUCGACCUGGCCAAGGCGGUCAUUCAGCAGCUCGAGGGAACUGCGAGCCAGUUCAACUUCCUCUACGAGCCUACGCUGCCCAUUACGCAGAAGAUCGAGGCCAUUGCGCGCGACAUGUACGGCGCCGACGGCAUCGAGCUUUCUGAAGCUGCUGAGAAGCAGAUCCAGACCAUCGAGAAGAACGGAUUCGGCAACCUCUCGAUCUGCAUGGCAAAGACCCAUCUGUCCCUCUCGGCCGAUCCCUCCAAGAAGGGCGCUCCCACCGGAUUCACCAUCCCCGUCAGGGAGGUGUAUGCUUCCGUCGGUGCCGGUCUGCUCGUCGUCAUGUGCGGCGCAAUGUCCAAGAUGCCCGGCCUCAACACAAGGCCCGGCUACUACGACAUGGACCUCACCGAAGACGGCGAGGUCAUCGGCCUUUCCUAG